AGCUCGAGGUCUCGCAGAGCCAUUGUUUGGGAUUCGUGAUUCCUUCCCAUUUUGCUUGCAACUUAUGGCUCCAGGUCUUGAAGUUCAGAGCAUGUUUGGGGCUAAGGGAUCAUUGCCUCUCAAUGAAAGAAUAAUUUCAACCAUUUCUAGAAGUUCUCUUGCAGCUCAUCCCUGGCACGAUCUGGAGAUAGGAGCUGGAGCACCUGCUAUCUUUAACUGUGUGGUGGAAAUAGGAAAAGGAAGUAAGGUGAAAUAUGAACUUGACAAGAAAACUGGCAUGAUAAUGGUUGAUCGCAUACUCUACUCAUCUGUGGUAUACCCCCACAAUUAUGGUUUCAUCCCUCGCACCCUUUGUGAAGAUAAUGAUCCUAUGGAUGUGUUGGUUCUCAUGCAGGAGCCAGUUGUAAGUGGUUGUUUUCUGCGGGCUAAAGCCAUAGGCAUUAUGCCUAUGAUUGAUCAGGGGGAGAAUGACAAUAAGAUAAUUGCUGUGUGUGCUGAUGACCCUGAAUACCGACACUAUAAUGACAUUAGUGAACUGCCUCCCCAUCGCUUGGCUGAAAUCAAAAGCUUCUUUGAAGACUAUAAGAAAAAUGAGAACAAGACUGUGGAAGUGGGUGAGUUCUUGUCUUCUCAGGAUGCUCGUAAUGCCAUCCAACGCUCAAUGGAUCUUUACGGACAAUACGUGGUGGAGAGCCUAAGGAAGUAGUAGAUAAAGAUUUGCAUACACUUCAAGGCUGAAAAAUAUAAAAGGUAAAACAUAAUCGACGUCAUAUUUUCAUACUAAAUUUACAUGGUGAAAUUUUCUUCUGUUUCCUUUCUCAUAUGUCUCAAUAAAUCAAAGACAUUAUUUCUUUCCCAUAUUCAUCCCUCACAGUUCUUUCACUUGCUUGCUAUAA